CCCGAUAAAGUUGGCUGUGUCCUUGCGAUAUGACUUAUGAGGUGAAUGCGCCCAGACUGGAGAUCAGCCGAUGGAAGCUUAUCGAGCAGCUGGGGCGGAGGCGUGCGCUGCGUGUCCUCCCGCCCUGGUGCUCACCAAAGUCCCUCGUGAAGCCCACUGUCCUUGCAAGCUCUCUGGGACCCUUGGCAACUCGAACUCAAGAGUCACAGCACGCGCGUGCUCGCCUCACUUCACUUGGCCCGGCUGUCUCCACGCCACGCUCCCCACAUCCCCUUUCCCCUCCUCUCCACUCUCCAGUAGGUAGAGUGGCAAGAAGGAUGGUGGCGACGAUGGCGAGCUCGCUGCUGCUCCGGCCGCGCGCGGUCCUGCCACACCAUCCUUCUAGUUCUAGCUCCAGCCGCCGGCCAUUGCCAGCCCCGCGUGUACAGCUGCAACCGAUCAUCCAGCAGAAACCGGGCCUCGCGGCGAGAAGCGACGGCGAGCGGAGGCGGCCGGCCGGGACGCGGCUCUACUCGCUGGCGCCCUACCCUCUGCUGCUCGCCGCGCUGCUGCCGGGAGCUGAGCCGGUGACGGCCGUGUUCGCGCCGUUCGUGGAGCUGGUGAAGACGUGGGACCUCCCCGGCUGGCUCGUGCACUGGGGCCACCCCGGCAACAUGGCUGUGGUGCUCUUCGCAAUGGGUGGCUACGGGACAUACCUGGGCUUCAGGAUCAAACUGUCAGACGAUAUUGAAGAGAAGGCCAAGGCCAAAGAUCUCCACCCAAAACUCCUCGCAGGGAUGUUCUUUUUCUUCGCCCUCGGCGCGACCGGUGGGAUCACAGCUCUUCUUACCUCAGAUAAACCCAUCUUUGAAAGUCCUCAUGCCGUGACUGGAGUCAUCGGCCUUGCACUUCUGACCGUUCAGUCUAUCCUGCCAAAAUUGUUCGAGGGAAAUCCAGGGCUUAGGACUACACAUGGUCUGCUCGGCAGUGGCAUCAUGACUCUGUUUCUAAUCCAUGCGGCACUAGGCCUGCAGCUUGGGAUCAGUUUCUAACUUGUGGCUACCAUAUCUCGGGGUUUGCUUCUUUCUGAUUCUUUUCAGAGAUUUUAAGUCACUCUUAGUAUUAUCACACGAAGCAUCCCCUUAUAAAUCAAAAUAAUGUAAGAGAAAGGAAAUUUUUGUUUUCCU